UUGCUAAUUACAUUUUACACUCAUCUCUUCUCUCUCUCUCUCGGCGUCCUUCAUUAUGGGAGGUGUCACCGUCGUAUUUUUCUUCCUUCUUCUCAUCGCCACCGCCACGGCCGCCAAGCCCGGCUUCUCCUUCCGUGACGGUAUCUUACCAAACGGCGACUUCGAGCUAGGACCAAAACCAUCAGACAUGAAAGGAACAGAAGUGGUGAACAAGCUGGCGAUACCAAACUGGGAAGUCACAGGGUUCGUCGAGUACAUUAAAUCAGGACACAAACAAGGAGACAUGCUCCUCGUCGUUCCCGCCGGUAAAUUCGCGGUGAGGCUUGGGAACGAAGCGUCGAUCAAGCAAAGGCUUCGAGUGGUGAAAGGAAUGUAUUACUCGCUCACUUUUAGCGCUGCUAGGACUUGUGCUCAAGACGAGAGGCUUAACAUAUCUGUUUCACCCGACUCCGGUGUGAUCCCGAUACAGACUGUGUAUAGUAGUAGUGGGUGGGAUUUGUAUGCUUGGGCGUUCCAAGCCGAAAGUGACGUUGCCGAAGUUGUGAUUCAUAACCCAGGUGUUGAGGAAGAUCCAGCUUGUGGUCCUCUCAUUGAUGGUGUUGCUAUGAGAUCUCUUUACCCUCCAAGACCAACCAACAAGAACAUAUUGAAAAAUGGAGGAUUUGAGGAAGGUCCAUUAGUACUACCUGGCGCGACAACAGGAGUUUUGAUCCCACCGUUCAUUGAAGACGAUCACUCUCCUUUACCAGGUUGGAUGGUCGAGUCUCUCAAAGCGGUCAAGUACGUAGAUGUAGAACACUUCUCAGUCCCACAAGGUCGCCGAGCCAUUGAGCUUGUAGCGGGCAAAGAGAGCGCCAUCGCUCAAAUCGUUCGGACAGUCAUUGGGAAGACUUACGUGCUGUCUUUCGCUGUUGGAGACGCCAACAACGCUUGCAAAGGAUCAAUGGUGGUAGAGGCUUUUGCAGGUAAAGAGACACUUAAGGUCCCUUACGAGUCGCGUGGCACAGGAGGGUUCAAACGAGCUUCUAUCCGGUUUGUGGCGGUUUCGAACCGAUCUAGGGUUAUGUUUUACAGCACUUUCUAUUCCAUGAGAAGCGAUGAUUUCUCGUCAUUGUGUGGACCUGUCAUCGAUGAUGUCAAGCUUAUAAGCGUUCGUAAACCAUAGAUGAAUCACAAAAUCCUAAUACAAAAAGAUGCAGCGUGUGUGGGCUUUUUUAUUUUUACUUAAAUUUGUCUUUGGUGUGUUUUCUAUAGGCAGAUGGGGGCCUUGCUUAUAUUGUUUUUUCUUGUAUGACAAGGCAAAAGAAACGUUGCCGUUACUUAUCUUAUGUAUGUAGGCCUUUUAAAAAAUUUAUAUGGAGAGUUCGUUACAAACUUUACAAA